AUGUUAUCAUGGUUGGGUUACAUUUUGAUCGUUAUGUCCUUGAUGGGGGCAUUUUUGUACCACAAAUUUCUAUAUUGGCAACGUAAAGGUGUUAAAACAUACCGCAGCCAUAGCAUCUGGGGUAAUUUUUUUCAAUUGCAAAGCAUUCAUCACACAAACAUAGUGGAAGAACUUUACAAGCGUUUCAAGGGUAAAGAGAAGAUGGUGGGAUUUUAUGUCUUCACCCGACCGGUGGCCCUUAUACUCGAUCUGGACUUGGUGAGACAAAUUUUGGCCAAGGAUUUUGACCACUUUUCCAGUCGUGGCUCCUAUCACAAUGAUAAGGAUUUGCUGAUGUCGAAUAUAUUCUUUUGGGAAGCCGAAAGAUGGAGACCUUUGAGAAAUAACAUGAGAACCUUAUUUAAACCAGCAAAGAUGAGAUCCAUGUUCAACAGCGUUCAAAAGUGUGCCAAGAAUCUGAUAGAGGCCUUCGAUGAGGCUUUGCAAUUGCAGGAGAAUGUGCACAUCAAUAAACUGAGUGUUCUGUUUACAGUGGAUACCAUCACCCAUUGUUUAUUUGGCCUUGAGAACUCCGCUCUGAGGGACCAACAAAAUGAGAGUGGCCGAAUAGCUUCCACAAUCACUGCAAGGACCAAUUAUUGUGUGAUUAAGCAAUUGCUGGGCUUAAAUUAUUAUGGACUACUACAGGCUCUGGAUAUGGAGGUACGACUUUUUGGCAAAGAAGUUGAAUUAUUUUUUAUGGGAUUUUUAAAACAAAUUUUCAAUGAUCGAGAAAGAAGUGGUAUUAAAAGACAUGAUAUGGUUGAUCUCCUACUGGAGAUGCGACAUAACCAGGGGCAACCUAGCAUGAGCAAUAACGAGGUGAUUGCCCAAAUGUUUAUAUUUUUCCUGGUUAGCCAUGAAUCAGGAGCUGUGGCCAUAGCCUUUGUCUUAUAUGAACUGGCCCAUCAUCCCCACAUACAGGACAAGGUCAGAGAAGAAAUUCUAGGAGUUCUAAAACAACACAAUAACGAGCUUAGCUAUGAGGCUAGCAUGAAAUUGCCUUACUUGGAGCAAGUAAUAGCAGAAACCAAUCGUCGUUAUCCCAUUUUAAACUUUUUGGAGCGCACUGUUACCCAAGACUAUCGUGUUGAGAACUCCAACAUUGUCCUUGAAAAAGGAUGCACCAUCUAUAUACCACUUCAAAGCAUACACUAUGACCCGGGGUUUUAUGAAAGUCCUCAGGAAUUUCGCCCUCAACACUUUCAUCCCAGCGAGGCAGCCUCCAGACAUCCCAUGGCAUUUUUGGGUUUUGGUGAAGGUCCUAGAAAUUGUAUUGGCAUGCGUAUGGGUCAAAUGCAAAUGAUUUUGGGCCUUGUGGCUCUGUUGUCGAAAUUUAGAUUUUCAGUUUGUGAAAAAACUGUUCAGAAAUUUAAAAUAUCCGAUCAUGUAUUUAAUACCAGAGUUUUGGAUGAGAUCUGGCUGAAGGUGGAGAAGUUAGAAAAAUUGUAA